UGCAUUUGAAGGAUGGAUGUUUGUCUGCCAUGUCCCAUUUACACCAUUACAAAAUGAAAGUAGUGAAUAAAGGAAGUAAUUUAUUGUAUACCUCGUAGAUUAUGUCUGAAAUUUCACCUUCCAAUUGGCUGGUCGUAGCAGCAAUAGACUUUGGUACUACGUAUAGUGGAUAUGCCUUUUCUUUUCGUGAUACGGCGAAGGAUUUUCACACUUCCCAAAAUUGGUGUUCUGGAACGUCAAAUCUUCUAUCACAGAAAACUCCAACAUGUAUUUUAUUGAAUCCGGACGAAACAUUCAAUUCCUUUGGAUAUGAGGCGCAAGAUGCUUAUACAACAUUGGCAUCAAAUGGAGAACAUCUGGGUUAUUUUUAUUUCUUUGAUUUUAAAAUGGAACUUUAUCAUUCCAAGAAUUUGAACAGAAAAACAAUGUUAAGCGACAUCAGCGGAAAACAGAUUAGUGCAGUUAAGGUUUUUGCUCUGUCGAUUAAGUACUUAAAGGAACACUUUAUGACCACUCUAAAAAUGAGCUUGCCUGACGCUUCGGAAAAGGAUGUAAAAUUUGUCCUAACUGUUCCCGCCAUUUGGACGGAUGCAGCCAAACUUUUUAUGAGAGAAGCAGCAAAAGAGGCUGGCAUUGCAUCUGAACGUUUACUUCUUGCUCUUGAACCAGAGUGUGCGUCAGUUUACUGUAAAGAUAUUGCUCCUGAUAAAUUGUCACGUGGAAAAUGUCUUACAGCAAAUGGAAAAAGAACGCAAUAUGUCGUUGCAGAUAUAGGAGGGGGAACAGCAGAUUUUAGUGUCCAUGAAUUGGAAAUUGAUGGGUCCAUCACCGAACUUCACAAAGCAAGCGGUGAAGCUUAUGGCGGUACAUGCGUUGACAAGAAAUAUGUUGAAAUAAUACAGUCCAUUUACGGAGUAAAAUCAUUUGAGAGACUGAAACAUGAGGAAAUGGAAGAUUAUCUGGAGUUUUUAAGAGAUUUUGAGGUUAAGAAAAGAACAGUAACUAAAGAGUUAGCAAAGAAGUAUAACAUUCGUAUUCCAUUAUCACUGAAUGAUUUUGCAAAAGGGAACAAAGUUGAUUUACAAAGAAGAGAAUGCCUAUCAGUCAAAAGGGAAUUUGAAGUAAUGCGAGACAGGAUAAAAGUUAAUGGACACUUUAUGCUACAGCUUUUCGAGGAUUCCAUAAAUGAAAUAUCAAAUCACCUUCAAAACUUGUUGAAAGAUUAUCCCGAUAUUUCCUGUAUAAUAUUAGUAGGUGGAUAUUCCGAAUGCAGUAUUCUGCAAGAAAAAAUAUCAUUGAUGUGCGCAGAUAAGAAUGUAAUAAUUCCUAAUGAAUGUGGCCUCGCAGUAGUGAAAGGAGCCGUUUUAUAUGGCCACAACCCAUCAAUCGUUUCUUGUCGUGUAUUAAGAUACACUUAUGGAACAAAUACGGAUUUCAGAUUCGAGACUGGAAAACAUGAUGAAAAGAGGAAAUACAUUGAUCAGUAUGGCAUAGUUCGAUGCCGUGGAACAUUUGAUCCCAUUAUUUCUUCUGGAACUAAAGUGCUUGCAAGUGGAAAGAAAUGUACCUUAAAAAGUGUUCCAUUGGAUAAGUUCCAAUCCUCUGUCAUUUCUGAAAUUUAUUUCUCGGAAAAGAGCGAUGUACUUUACAUCGACGAAGAAGAUUGCAGAUAUUUAGGUAAAGUUGAAAUUCCAUUGCCUUAUCUGGGGUUUAAACCAACUUUGGAAGAAGAAUUUACAUUUGGUAUGACAGAAUUAGUUUAUACCGCAACAAUCCAAGAAACUCAACAAACUGUCGUGAAACAUUUCAAUGUAUUUGAUGUUGUAUAAUGUUACUAGUUCAAGUCUAGUCAUUUUCGAAAUAA